AUGGCGAAAAAAGAAUUCUACACCUGCAUCACACCUCUCCCCCCCAACAUCCCCCGCCAACUAGCUCUAGACAUCCUCCACAGCCACAGCGAAAUAAUCACACUCAACCCCCUAGUCCUGUCGCACAACCCCAUCAAAGCCCCGCGCACCGCCCCCGCAGACGAAUACUACUCAACAUGGUACGAAAUAUUCCAACGCGUGCAAUACGUGCCAGGCAUCGGCAAGCUAGGCUCAGGCAAAAUAAGCUUCAAAGGCUGCUUCGAGAACCAAACAUGGGGCGUGAAGACGCACACCUACGCGCCGAUGAGCAUAGACCUCCUCAGCAAAUGGCGCGUGGCCGGAACCAGCACGCUAGACGAAGACGACUACCAGCAAGAACAAGCGGCCGAUCUGGAGCAGCGCAUCCCCGGCGCGCCGGCCCGCGGCCUCUACCUGCUGGAGGAAGUCGAGAUAAAGUGCAACCUGACACUGAUGUCGUUUGUGAAGAGCCAGUUGAAGGCCGCGUCGAAGGUGCUGGUCGAUCGGCUGAUUAGGAAGGCCGAGCUUCUGGAUCGGGGCGUUUUGCAGGCGUCGUUUGAGGAUGGGAAAUUGAGGACGUUCAAUCCGGCUGAUCGCACGGUUAAUCCGCAUCCGAAUCCGAAUCCUUUGAUGGCGCAGAUGUCGCCUGUUAUGCCGAAUUCGCCGACUGGGUCGUCCAGGUGGGGGUCUGGGUCUGUUUCUUCGGCGGGCCAGGGCCAGGGCCAGGGGCAGGGGAGGGUUGUGUCCAGUGAGCUGCAGGCUUCGCCUGCGAUUGCGCCAGAGCAGAACUUCAAUUAUAGGAGUACUGGGGGUGCGGUGGAGUUGCCGGAUACUUCGGCGGUUAAUCGCGGUUUGCCGUUUACUAGGUUUGAUAAGGGGUAUCCGACUGAGUUGCCUGCUAUGGAGGAGGUUGCGAGGGAAUUUCAUUGA